AUGUCUCCCUAUCGGCUGGUUUAUGGCAAGGCGUGUCACCUCCCUGUGGAAUUAGAACACAAAGCUAUGUGGGCCACCAAGCAGUUCAAUUUCGACAUGCAAGCUGCCGGUCCGCACCGGAAACUUCAGUUGACAGAGUUGGAGGAGCUGCGGCGAGAUGCCUAUGAUAGUGCUUGCCUUUAUAAGGAGGGGACUAAGGCCUUUCAUGACAAACAUAUCUUGCCCAAGAAAUUUGUUCGCGACCAGAAAGUAUGGCUUUUCAAUUCCAAACUCUGGCUUUUCCCUGGGAAGCUCCGUUCUAGAUGGGACGGCCCCUUCAUAGUCACCUCAGUGUCACCCCAUGGAGCCGUUGAAUUGCGGGACCCAAAGGAUGGAUUUGAGGAAUUCCCAACCAUAUAUUGA